AUGGCAGCGCCUUCGACUUCGACUUCGAGCGAGGCUUGCAAGUAAGUCACGAGCUAAAACUGGAAAUAGUGAAUGCUGGAGUCUUCUGCAUACUCUUCUCGUCUCUUGUACCGUUGCAAUUCGCGAUUUAUUGCGUUCAUCUGCGGCUAAAAGCCAAUUUUAAGCCUGUAUUAUUUAAUUUAAUUUUAUUAAACUCCGUGUGUUUUUAUGCUUCUCUUUAGUUCAGUAAUGUUUUGGACUCAUGAUCAUGAAGCCAUUCUAUGCAGAGAAGUCGUCAAUGUAAAUCCCUACACAACUAAGAAAGGGUCAACACAAAGAAGUAGAAUGUGGGAAAAAAUAGCAGACAACUUGAACAAAUUCACUGUGCCGAAAUUCAGGGUUGAUAAGCGAUCAGUCCGAGACCACGUCAUCCUCGGAGACCCAGGGGCAGAUAGUAGGGACGAGGGAAAGUGUAAACGGGCGGAUAAAUGUGGCACGAAGAAAAGUAAAGAACGGCGAGAAGAGCCCCUGGGGACAAUGUCUUACCAGACCAGUUCCAAACGGUCGCCGCCGUUCUGGCUUCUGAUUGGUGCCAGAAAAACACUUUGUGUUUUUCUGGCACCAAUCAGAAGCCAGAACGGGGGCGACCGUUUGGAACUGGUCUGGUAAGACAUUGUCCCCAGGGGCUCUUCUCGCCGUUCUUUACUUUUCUUCGUUCCAUAUAUAUUUUUCCGCCGGUUUACACUUUCCCUCGCCCCCUUUAUCUGCCCCUCGGUCUCCGAGGAUGAGACCACGUGGGAAUCCUUGUUUAAAAGCGUAAGAAGAAACUACUAGCGGAGGAAAAAGCAACUGGGAUAACUCCCGAUGAGCCAACGGAACUAGAAAACCUCUUGGAUAUGAUCAUCGCGUUGGAGGAAAGUGGCGAAGCGGAAUUACAGGAAACACAGGGAACAGCUAGCAAAAACGUCAAUACGAUCGGGCUAAAGUGA